GUUAUUGUAAUUUACCCUAUAAUAAUUGAAGCAAGUGAACUCGUGGUUUAGUAGUUGAAGCAAGUGAACAUUAAGUUCAAAUUGGUUGUCGAUUAUUACUGCGACUCAAAAAUAUAGGGUACGAAAUGAUAUUAAUGGUAGUUUAGGGGUUAUAAGCAAGGUGUGUGUUUAGCACGUAAAUGAGAAAUUAUUAGCUUCACGUUUUGCAAAUAAAAUCCAGGCUGCCAAAAUUAUGCCCCCACCCCCCACCCACCCCCGACCCAGUCGAAGACAAACAAAGUCUUGCGUUUUCCUUCUUCAUUAAGGUAGAAAUUGCCAUUUUUAAUACCUUCAUUUGCCUUCAUCAAUCGGAUCAUCAACUCAAUUCAAAUCAAGAGAAAUUUUAGAGAGAGAAAAAAAUGGAGCAGCCUUUGAUAUCACCAGAAAGUAAGAUAUGGAGUUCGUACGUGCACGUGGGAAGUGCAGGCUCAGCGAUCCAGACAGCUUCCUUCACCGGAACUGAAGUCAACGUCGAUGAAAUUCGGUCAGCAGCUGCUUAUUCUAAUCCCUACCCCCCCUCUCUUCAUGCUGCUCUGCUCAGUUCUCCUGAACCCCUCUAUCCCACUGAGCAAGUGACUGGAAAUCACGGGGACGAAUAUUACGGGCAUUUAACACAAAAUGCUGCUAACACACAAAGGCAAGUAUUGGAUGACGUAGAAAUACGAGAACUACUGAUAGAUCACGUUGGUCAUCGUUGUUGUUGGGGAAGUCGUCCAGCUAGGACUUGGCGUAUUCGGGCGGUGGAGGAUUGCAAUGUAUAUGUCGGAACACUCGAAAGUUUCGUUGAAGAGAGAGAAACAGUAACCGAAAAGAAACCCUACCUUUCUGGCGAAGUGGAUGGAAAAGAAAAGGGCCCUGAACUCGGAAUAUGGGAAUUGGAUCUAAGGUCUGAGUUUCCGGUACUAUUUACACCUCAUAAAGAGUCAUGGACUGUGAUUCCUCAUUCAGAAGCUGUUGAGAAAUGCUCAGGUUGUGGAGGAAAAGGAAAUAUUGCUUGUCCCACUUGUAAUGCAGAUAAAGAAUCCGGGUUGUAUAAGGAGAAUCAGAUGAAUCCAUGUACUGCUUGCUAUGGGAGAGGUUUGAUUGCGCAUGACGAUGGAUCAGAUUCAAUAUGUAAACAAUGUAAUGGUAAAGGGAAGAUUCCGUGUCCAACCUGCGGAUCCAGUGGAUUAAUCAAAUGUGAGACAUGUCGAGGUAGCGGCUCUCUUCUGUCUCACAAAGUGGCUGUUGUUAGAUGGAAAACGUUUAAAGCAAGAAAAGUAAGUGCAACAAGUGGAGCAGCAUCGGUUCCGGAUGAGGUGUUCCACAGAGCAAAAGGUGUGCAGUUGUGCAAUACUCAAGCACAGCAGUGUUCUCCUGCCUUUUUCGCUGACUCGUAUUUUCUCAAUAAGUUUUCUUCGGAGAUAAUUGCUGAGCGAGCCCCGGUACCUCCUUCUGCAAGGGUGAUUUGUGAGAGGCAUAUAAUAUCUGUAGUUCCGGUAACUAGGGUUACUAUGACUAACCGCAGUCGUUCGUUCAGUUUCUAUAUCAUUGGAACCGGGAGAGAGGUUUAUUUGAAGGAUUCUUAUCCUUCCAGGUUUUGUUGGGGGCUUUGCCCUUGUUUGGACUGGUUGAAUCUGUAAGUUUGUUUGAUUUUCUUACCAAAGUUUUUUUCUUUUUGGUUUGUGGCUGUCGGUGUGCUUUUGUUAUGUAAUAUAUUCUUUCUCUAUUAACAUUUGAGUGUUUCUGUAUACUUUUGGGAUGAGUAUUUUCACUUUCAAUAAAAAAAAUGGUUAUCAGUUC